UGUAUCCCUUGUCAUCUACACCGUCCCAUUCCAACAGAGAAGAACAUCAAGAAUCCCCGGAGAAAGCUUCUCACAAGUUGCAGUAAGGAAUCAUGGGUGUUCUUGGUGCCCUUGCCAGGCAUUUGGAUUCUCUUGUUGGGCCUGGAAUCAUGCUGCUUUAUCCGCUAUACGCGUCGAUGCGUGCGAUCGAGAGCCCCUCUUCCCUGGAUGAUCAGCAGUGGCUCACCUACUGGGUCUUGUACUCCCUGAUCACCCUCUUUGAGCUCUCAUGUUGGAAGGCUCUCCAGUGGCUGCCUCUGUGGCCAUACAUGAAGCUCCUCUUCUGCUGCUGGCUGGUGCUGCCAAUCUUCAACGGCGCGGCCUACAUCUACGAGACGCACGUCCGGCGCUACUUCAAGAUCGGCCAGUACGUGAGCCCCGCCUACAAUGAGAGGCAGAGGAAGGUGCUGCAGAUGAUGAGCCUUGACGCCCGCAAGUCCGUCGAGCGAUUCAUCGAGACGCAUGGGCCCGGUGCCUUGGAGAAGAUCAUCCAGGCGGCCGAACAGGAAGCCAAGAGAGCCUAGUUUAGCUUGUGGUGAAAGUAAAA